CGAACGAGCUUGGUCACGGACCAGGACGGCAGGCAGUCGCGCCGCUCUCGGAAGGCUCCCGCUCGCCGCUCGACCCUCUCCCCGUCUCCGCAGCUCCCGGCCGGCGGGAUACGCGACGCCGGCGGCGCCAUGAUCACCUCCGCCGCUGGAAUUAUUUCACUUCUGGAUGAGGAAGAGCCGGAACUCAAGGAGUUUGCUCUUCACAAACUGAAUGCCGUGGUCAAUGACUUCUGGGCAGAAAUUUCUGAGUCAGUAGACAAAAUUGAAAUAUUGUACGAAGAUGUUGGCUUCCGGAGUCGUGAAUUUGCUGCUUUGGUGGCUUCAAAGGUGUUUUAUCACCUUGGAGCUUUUGAGGAGUCACUGAACUAUGCGCUUGGAGCAGGCAAUCUCUUCAAUGUGAAUGACGAUUCAGAAUAUGUGGAGACGAUCAUUGCAAAGUGCAUCGACCAUUACACCAAGCAGUGUGUGGAAAAUGCUGACUUGGCCGAGGGAGCGAAGAAGGCAGUGGAUCCACGGUUGGAAGGAAUUGUGAAUAAGAUGUUCCAGCGCUGCUUGGAUGAUCACAAGUACAAGCAGGCCAUUGGGAUUGCCCUGGAGACGCGCAGGCUGGAUAUCUUUGAGAAAACUAUUUUGGAAUCGAAUGAUGUUCCUGGAAUGCUGGCCUACAGCCUCAAACUCUGCAUGUCUCUGAUGCAAAAUAAGCAGUUCCGCAACCAAGUGCUGAGGGUCCUGGUGAAAAUCUACAUGAACUUGGAAAAGCCCGACUUCAUCAACGUGUGCCAGUGCCUCAUCUUCUUGGACGACCCUCAGGCUGUCAGUGACAUCCUGGAGAAGUUGGUGAAGGAAGACAACCUCCUCAUGGCUUACCAGAUUUGCUUUGACCUGUACGAAAGUGCCAGCCAGCAGUUCCUCUCUUCUGUGAUUCAGAACCUGCGCACGGUGGGGACCCCAAUUGCUUCUGUGCCCGGCUCAACCAACACUGGCACUGUCCCCGGGUCAGAGAAAGAAGGGGAUGCCAUGGAUACCAUGGAAGAAAAGGCCAGUAGUCCAGUGGUGGCGGCCAAGUCUGUCCAGACUACUCCCGAAUCAAAAGACCAGAUCCCUAAAAUGAUUAAAAUUUUAAGUGGUGAAAUGGCCAUUGAAUUACACCUGCAGUUCUUAAUACGAAACAACAACACAGACCUCAUGAUCCUGAAAAACACAAAGGACGCAGUACGGAAUUCCGUCUGUCACACAGCAACCGUUAUAGCCAACUCCUUCAUGCACUGUGGAACAACCAGCGACCAGUUCCUCAGAGACAAUUUGGAGUGGCUUGCCAGGGCUACCAAUUGGGCAAAGUUUACUGCUACAGCCAGCCUCGGCGUCAUACAUAAGGGUCAUGAAAAGGAAGCUCUUCAGUUAAUGGCAACAUACCUGCCCAAAGACACGUCCCCCGGGUCAGCCUAUCAGGAAGGUGGUGGACUUUAUGCCCUGGGACUCAUCCACGCCAAUCAUGGAGGCGACAUCAUCGACUACUUGCUCAACCAGCUGAAGAAUGCCAGCAAUGACAUUGUCCGGCACGGGGGUAGCCUGGGACUUGGCUUGGCUGCCAUGGGGACUGCACGGCAAGAUGUGUACGACCUUCUGAAGACCAACUUGUACCAGGAUGACGCAGUGACUGGUGAGGCGGCCGGUUUGGCUCUGGGGCUGGUGAUGCUAGGAUCGAAAAACGCUCAGGCCAUUGAGGAUAUGGUGGGCUAUGCCCAAGAAACCCAGCACGAGAAGAUCUUGCGUGGACUGGCCGUGGGCAUCGCCUUGGUGAUGUACGGGAGGAUGGAGGAGGCGGAUGCGCUCAUCGAGAGCCUCUGCAGAGAUAAGGAUCCCAUCCUGCGUCGUUCGGGGAUGUAUACCGUGGCGAUGGCUUACUGUGGCUCAGGAAACAACAAGGCCAUCAGGCGUCUGCUACAUGUUGCUGUUAGCGAUGUCAACGAUGAUGUCAGGAGGGCAGCCGUUGAAUCGCUGGGCUUCAUUUUGUUCAGGACACCUGAACAAUGUCCAAGUGUAGUUUCCUUGUUGUCAGAAAGUUAUAACCCCCAUGUCCGCUAUGGGGCAGCCAUGGCCCUAGGCAUCUGCUGUGCUGGGACAGGAAACAAGGAAGCAAUUAAUUUGCUGGAGCCCAUGACAAAUGAUCCUGUGAACUACGUGCGUCAAGGCGCUCUGAUUGCCUCUGCCCUCAUCAUGAUCCAGCAGACAGAAAUUCUCUGUCCAAAGGUCAGCCAGUUCAGACAGCUGUAUUCCAAAGUCAUCAACGAUAAACACGAUGAUGUGAUGGCCAAAUUUGGAGCGAUCCUCGCUCAAGGCAUAUUGGAUGCAGGUGGCCACAACGUCACAAUUUCUCUGCAGUCGAGAACUGGACACACGCACAUGCCUUCGGUGGUUGGAGUUCUGGUCUUCACCCAGUUUUGGUUCUGGUUUCCACUCUCACAUUUCUUGUCGUUGGCUUUCACUCCGACCUGCGUUAUUGGCCUUAACAAGGACCUCAAGAUGCCGAAGGUGCAGUACAGAUCCAACGUCAAGCCCUCCACGUUUGCCUACCCGGCCCCGUUGGAAGUACCAAAAGAGAAGGAGAAGGAAAAGGUUUCCACCGCCGUGCUUUCCAUCACUGCAAAAGCCAAGAAGAAGGAGAAGGAGAAGGAGAAAGAAAAGAAGGAGGAGGAGAAAAUGGAAGUGGAUGAAACCGAGAAGAAGGAUGAGAAGGAGAAGAAGAAGGAGCCAGAGCCGUCCUUCCAGAUCCUCGACAACCCGGCCCGGGUGAUGCCGGCGCAGCUCAAGGUCCUCACCAUGCCAGAGAGCUGCCGCUACCAGCCCUUCAAGCACCUUUCCAUCGGAGGCAUCAUCGUCUUGCGGGACACCAGCGAGGACACCGAGGAGCUGGUGGAGCCCGUGGCGGCGCACGGGCCGAAGAUCGAGGAGGAGGAGCAGGAGCCGGAGCCCCCGGAGCCCUUUGAGUACAUCGACGACUAGGACCCGGGGCGGGGCAGGGCCCCGGCCCUCAAGGAAGCUUGGCACUGCAUCAGAAGCUGGGAAGCUGCCCAUGGAUGUCCCCGCUGCAGCCAGCGGUUCAGCGCAUGCCCGACACUUCAGUGCUGGCCCGCCGCGGGCAGCCCGAAGUUUAGGGCUGACGGGGGAAGCCCAUGCUCUCUUUGGCAUACUCUUUCGCGAGGAGCUGAUUUUCAAAAUAAAUACAUUAAAAACCCCA